CUAAUAACCUAUAUUCCUUGCACAUGCUAUGGUACAAGGAGACUCAGCUACGUAUAACUGCAAUAAAAAUCACUGCAGCUAUAAGUUCACCCCCUCCUCACGUUUACUGUGAGGCUCCUCCAUAGCAAUGAAAAAAACAGGGAUGGACUUAUUGGUAAGCUUAGAACAUGGCUGCUAUAAAUUUAGGUGAUAGGUUUCAUAUCUUUUCAUGCUAUAGCUAUUCAAUAAAUUACUUCUGGGAGUUUCUGGCUAUGUUAAGUGCCACAAUUGGCAUACAAGCCCAAGGACAUGCCUACAAAGAUAGGGGGGUCUUGCCACAUUUCGGAGAGUAUUGAGUUUAGUUAUCGUGUUUAAGGUAUCAUCACCCAAUGCCUAUAAACAAUGCAGAAAGGCUGUUCCUUCCCUAUGCUCACUAUAUACUAAUUUUCAUAACUUGAUUGGUAGAUAUCAAAUGAAUGUUGACAAAUAUGAUUAGAUUAUUUUAUGAUUAAAUUAUUUUAAAGAUUUAUUAGUCAUCUUGAUUUGUUGCUUAUGUGUCAGACGGGGAAAUCUCUUGUCUUUGUUUAGUUCAGAGGAUGUGUGUCAUUUUAUUGUAAAAUGGGAGGAGGCCUCUAUUAAUAAGCGCAGGAAACAUUUAUACAAAUUACAGGCGGAAAAAAAAUGAAUAACCAGAAACACGAAGACAGGCGAUGGAAUAUAUGUUGCAGUGAGAUCUCUGUGGUGACUGGUGGGGAAAAAAAGUAUUUUUUUUUUUUUUUUUAAGUUCAUCAACUGUAAAAUCUAAUUUUCCAUAGGUCCCAGAGCCUAGUUUGUCUUCAUAAGCGCAUUAAGAAUUGAUUUGUUUGAAAAAUGGACAAUGGUUUGCUCUUCGACCGCUGGUAAGUUAUGUAGUCUUUUUUUUUUUUUUUUUAAUGUUAUGCUUAGAGUGUUAAAUGUAAAUUGUGCACAGAUGUUGAGAUUAAAUCCAUAAAAUUAACUUUAAAAAUAUAGAUCUAGUCGACUAGUAAAUCCAAUGGAUUUGUAAAAUUUCUGGGAUUAUUUACUAAACCAGAACUUUGCAAAAUUAGGGAGCUUGCAAAUUGCAGACCAAAUAUCAUGAAAUUUGCAAAGCCACUGUCAAUGCUCCACAAUUCUUGGCUGUUGAAUUCAUUCCACUAAUGUGAACUCUAAGAGGUUCAGUAUUCACAUUUUAAUUAUAUCUGGGUCCAAUCCUAUCAGUGUCUUUGCAAAGUUUUGUUAUCAAGUAUAUUCUAAUAAUUGCUUAAUUAUGGUCUCUAACAGCUCAGUUGCAGUGUUUUACUGUUGUAACUUUAUGGCAUUCUUUCAUCAAUUUUUAUUAUGACAAAAUAAAUUAAGAUAACAUAAUCAAAUUCUCUUGAAUUCUGGAUCAAGUGACAACAAACCUGUAUACUUAUUUACUGUCCCACAUUCCCAUAAUACUAUUGGAGAACAGCCAAAACAAGCUAUCUUCUCUACAUAUCAUAUCAAAUGGACCUUUCUACUGCAUGUACUGUUUGAAAAAAAAACCCCCAAAAAACAUAGACCCUUCCCAAUGCACUCAUCUGUUCAGUCAUAGACUUUAAACAUGAUUUAUGUUGAUGGAAAAUGGUUGCAAGUGAAUCUAUUGCAAUAUUACCAUUAGCCCAAUCACAAGCUUCUCAAUCUUUGCAAGGCAAUUGCUGGUCUCUUUUGUUUAGUUCCACAGAGCUAAAUGACCAAAAAGUAACAGGACCUGUGGUCGGAUUGAUAGCCAGGGAAAUGUAAAAAGAUUUUUUUAAAAAACAAACAAACAAAAACCACACACUUUCAUGAAUUAAGUAUUUCAACAAGCUUUACGUGCUUUGAGUGUUCCUUUAAACGUAGAUUGUACAUGUUUGUCCCAAUGAAAAUUUUUGGACUAUUUUCCAGAAUUCUCUGACAAUUAUUAUAUUUCAGUGAGGAUUAACUUGUAGUGUUAAUAACUAUUUGCACAUUGUAUCUGCUUGGUUUUACAAUACUGAGGUUUGAAUUUUUUUUCCAAAAUUUUUUUUUUUCUUUACCAGUGGUUCUAAUGCCGCCUUAAAGAUCUCAGGAGCAAACUGGGGACAAGAGAUGUAUAUCGGAUGGCAGCCAAGUCCUAUGUAAAUCUUGUGCAGUGAUAUGGCAAAUGUCACAGAGGAGAGUGUGGACAGCAACUUUACAAACUGUACAAUUGACCACACUAUACACCAGACUCUGUUCCCGGUGGUGUACGUUGUUGUACUUAGUAUUGGUCUUCCAGCAAACUGCUUCUCUUUGUACUACGGCUAUUUACAAGUCAAGGCCAAGAACGAGCUUGGCAUAUAUCUGUGCAAUUUAACAGUGGCUGACCUGCUUUAUAUUUUCUCUCUGCCAUUUUGGCUUCAGUAUGUUCUACAGCAUGACAACUGGACUUACAAUGAAGUCAUGUGCAGGAUCUGUGGUGUACUCCUUUAUGAGAACAUCUACAUUAGCAUUGGAUUUCUUUGUUGUAUCUCCAUUGACCGGUACCUUGCCCUGGUCCACCCUUUCAGGUUCCUUCAACUGAGGACAAUGAAGGCUGCUCUUGUGGUUAGUUCGAUAAUUUGGCUCAAGGAAAUAAUGACCAGCUACUUUUUCUUCACCCAUGGAGAAUUCAGUAAGGAUCCGGAUAGCCACGUUGUGUGCUUUGAACAUUAUCCCAUGAAAGAAUGGGAACACAGUAUCAAUUACUAUCGAUUCUUUGCUGGAUUUCUUCUCCCCAUUUUCCUACUGCUAUUUUCUUACUGUCACAUUUUCAAAGUGGUUCGAGAGAGCCAAGGAACACAAACAAAGAAAAAAAUUCAAAUCAAACAUUUAGUUCUUAGCACUGUUCUCAUAUUCAUGGUCUGCUUUGGUCCAUAUCACAUACUGGUGGUUAUUCGAAGCUUGUUUGAGAAAGACUGUGUAUUUGCUGCAAGGAUCUUUAAUGUCUACCAUUUCUCCCUGCUUCUCACAAGCCUAAACUGUGUGGCCGACCCGGCAUUGUAUUGUUUCGCCAGUGAGAACACUUACAAAGACUUCAUGAAGUUUAAAGAAUCUUGCUUAGCAUUUUUAAGCUGUCAAAAGGUAACAAACCGAUCCUAUGAGUUAAAGCGUGUGGAAACAAACAGUGAAGAGAAUUGCAAAGCAAAGAAUGUGACUGGCAGGGAUGAGACAUCUUUGACAUCUGUGCUCUGUGACCACAAGGUAUCUGUUAUUGAAUCAACAGGAAAUGGAAUGGAUUAAUAUCCAAAUCUAUAUCCCUGUCAAAAAGAACUCUGAGUUUUUUUGUACUCAACUUGUGUGUUUUACAGAAAAACAUGUAACAAUUUUACUUUAAGCAGAUAUUUACCAUUUUGUUAUUGCAAAGAAAAAUAUAUUUUGUGUUGUGCCACUUGCCUCUAACGCAAAAAUUGUGAAUGUGUUUUCUUCAGAGAUUACUUGUUUUUAAAUCUUAGAGUACUUCAUUCUAAGAUCAAAACACAUGAAAUGAGAACAUCACAUAUAGGAUUCCAAGAGCCAGCAAGACUGUCCAAUUUAUAACUAGUGGAACAUGACCAAAUAUUGAGUGUUUGUGCUUGCAUUUGAUAGUGUUUUGAUCUAUUGGUGCAUUCUGCAGUGGUGAACUAUGCCAGCACCACUAUGCAUACUUGGAAUGCUGACAAGCUAAAUUUUUGCAGCCAUGACUAUUGAUGCUCUAAUUUGGAACUUUUAAUUAAAGAAAGAACAAGAGCAAGCUGGCAUAGGUCACACGAUUGCUGUAUUGACAGCACUAAACUACAUCACACAAUCAAUGUCUCUUUAAAUGUGGUCUUUGGAUAAUUCCAGUUGCCCCUCUCAGAGAGAUCUGACCACAAAUCAGGACAGAGUCUAGUUGGUAAAAUAAAAACAUACAAACAUAAACUGCAUUAUUAUUCAGAAAACAUUUUUGAUGUAUUGACACGAGGGGUAACAGUAAAUAUCAGAGCGCUGAAAAGCAAUUUGCAAAAUUCAGACUAGAAUAGUAAUAGUAGUAGAAGAGUUGGAUAAUUUUUACUGAUCAAUGUUAACUCCCUAUAGUACAGUGUUUUGCAAAUAAUCCCAGUUUUUUAUUUACUAAACUGGGUAUUGUAGAAAAUUUCCCCCAAAAUAGCUAAACAAUAAAAAUGAUUGCUAGAUUGGAUUAUUUCCUGAUUCAGAUUUGCCCCAAAAUGUUAAUUUUCACCUGACAAUGUUCUACAAUUCCCAUUUUAGUGACUGUAGCCAAGCCCGGACUGGCCAUCGGACACACCAGGCAAAUUCCCAGUGGCCCGCGUUGGUCAUGGGCCGAGGCCGGCAGGGGUGGUCACAGGACCUCCCCGGCCGGUCCAUGCAGGGCCUGCCCUAUCCAAGCGCCGGCCUUGCAGUAUUCCAUGACGGGCAGGUGGGGAGAUCAAAGAUCUCCCUCACCGGCCCACUUGCAUAGACAUGCGGCUGGGGAUGGAGGGAUAGAGGACCCAGCAGAGCUCUAUCUUGCAGCUCCGCUGGGGUCCUCUCGCGAAAUCUGGAGCGUUGCCAUGGAUAGUGAACUCAAGCCCCACAGGCUAGAGUACACUCACCAUGAGCACUACCAGGGAUGGCAGCACUGUCCCCCCUCCAAUGCUAAAGUAAGAAUGGAGGGGGGUAUAAUGCCUCACACACACACACUGCACCCCUCACACAUACACACAGAAGCCCCCACACACAAUACUUCCAAACACACACAUAUAUAUAUAUAUAUAUAUAUAUACACACACACACACACACACACACACACACACACUACAACAUCCCCUAGCCACACAUGCAUUACAUUACACCACAAACACAAGACGACUAAAACUGACAUUAUUACACAAUACCACACCACGAUAUGCUCACUCUACACACACGCAAUCCCACAAGCAGGAUCCAAACACAUGCACAAUACUCUUUCCUGGCCCUUUUGUCUCCUGGUAUCACAUUUAUAGAGACACCAGAGACAAGUUGCAAGGAAACACAGUGCAAGCAUGUUAUUAAAGUUGCUUGCACUGUGCAGAACAAAUACAGGGAUUUUUUCUCAUGCUAGAGCUCUUCAGCAGAGCUCUAUGCAUGGAAGAGCAUUGAACAAACAUGCUCACUUUGAGAGGGGGCGUGUUUGUCAUUGGUGAUGACAAAACACACCCUCUCUCCCCGCCCCCUUCUUAAUGAGCCGCUGUGAUUAAAAAAUGCCCAGGCCAAUUUUUUUCCCCAGUCCGGCCCUGACUGUAGCCCACAGUGCUACAGUUUUUAUUAAUAAACAUGCAACAAAAUAUUGCUUUACAAUCAAACAUUGUCUAUUUAAUCUGUUAUAAGGGUGUUAAUUUCAAUAGUCUUUAUUUUGCCAUUAUUAUACAUUUGUUUUGAUGCUAGAAAUGCAUAAUUUAUUAAUUCUAGAAAUAUAUAUAUAUUUAAAAAUUUUUGUACAGGAAAAAUAUUGUUCUUAUUAUAAUUGUGGUUAAGACAGGUCCCAUGGCAGGCGCCGUUUGUGUGUGUGAGAGAAAACACUAAAUAAUGUUUAUAUUUAUUGCCUGGAAUAUUGAACAUGAAGACAGGAAAUUGCAGAGGUGUCUAGACUAAUGACGACUAACAUAAGAAGUGCAGCUAUUUUAAAAUUACAUUUCCUAUGAUGCUCAGCCAAUGCUUGGGCAUGUGCAUGCAAAAUUAGCCACCAGUUGUCUAAAAUGACUAGAUUUAAACCAAACUGGCAAAUAAAGUUAGCCAUUUAUGUAAUGAAUUGUCACAAUCAGAGCUAAUAGUGUUUUCAUCUCUAGACCAGGCAUCUUAAAUUAUGUCCCUCCACAUGUUGCCGAACUACAACUCCCAUGAUUCUCUAGCCAUCUACUGCAUUCAAGUAAUUAUGGAAGUUGUAGGCCAUCAACAUUUAAGAUUCCUGCUCUAAUCAAUGAGACCUGUUGACCUGACAAUCCUCCAAAGCAACCAAGUCAGAUUCCUUGCCUCCACACUUGGCAGUUGCUGGCCAAGUUAGUUGUCAGCUCGUUGUUGCAAUGUUUAGUAAUUAAGCAAACUCCGUAUAGAGAAAUCCUAAAAUGAGUUGGUGAUUGGUACAAGCAAGACAUUUUGUGAUACUUCCAUUAACGAUAGAUUACAAACUCAUUGGGGGUACCGUAUAAUGAGCAAUUAUGGGGCAAAGUUCUAAAAGUGGAAAAUAUUAGAAUGAAAACAGGAUGUUCUUACUUAUUUUCCAAAUUUAGCACUGUGUCAC